UGUGACAAAUGCUUCGUAAGCAGAAACUCGUGAAGAUGGCAGCUGAUACGUCUUGGUCCACACUCCCCAGCCUAAUUAUUGUCGAAAUUCUGUCGUAUUUGAGUUUGAAAGAUCGACUGAACGCCGUAUCAACAUGUAAAAGAUGGAGAAGUUGCUUUUGGCACCCUUCAUUGUGGACAAACUUGGUGUUUAGGCUGAAAAAUGGGAGUCGAAGUCGGAGCAAAUAUUUGGCCGAGAGGUGUGGCAGAUUCGUCAAAACGGCCACCGUGGAGUUCAAUUCGACAUCAGUUUGGGACGUCCGUGAGUUUGCUAAAAUGUUGGAAAUUUUAGCUGACAAUCGUAAUCUUGAGAAGCUUUCCAUCCAGCCUACUAGCUGCCAUAUAGAAUGGCCAGAAAGAGAUGGAAGUCGAGUCGUGGAUCAGUACUUUACCAUGACCGAGGCCAUUAUAAAGAAUUGUCGUAAACUGAAGCAUCUGUCCCUUGGCUGCUCAGAAGAUCUGAUGGCGAAUGCAGAUUAUCUCCUCUCAGAGCUGGCCAUUCACCAUUCAAACUCACUAGAAACACUCCACUUGUCGACCGUCAAAGAAGACCCUGAGUCGUAUGGUUUACUCGACCUCCCAGUUGAUAUGUUCCAGUCUUUUCCACACCUAACCGUACUGGGCAUCGAUUACGACUACCUCACCAACUCAUUGUUAGAAAUAUUUGUCACUAAAAAGACCGCACAGCUAGAAAAACUUGUCAUCCAUGUCCACGGAAUCGAACCUGACCAUGAAAAGAUCAGAAACGAAACUUGGCAAUGUCUCGUUCGAUAUAGUCCAAAAUUAGAAGUCACAUUGAAUCUCAUCCACUCUGUAGAUGGCGUGACUUGUCUUCUUGACAUUCUACGUCCCAGCAUGCCUCUGGCGCACUUCCGCUCAUUCUUCUGCUCACACAUCAAUAUGGCGGCCAUUGACUUCAUGGCAGGCCACAAUAGUGCCACAUUGAAGUCGGUCCAUAUUGUUGAUGGGAUCAUGAAUAUGCAACCAAACAUAUACGAAUCGGCAUCUGAUGAGGACUCUUUUGUGAUGCUUGCGUGGAAAUGUCCCAACUUGCAGCACUUCACACUUCUUGGUUAUGAUGUGACAGAUGACGACGUUGUGGCAAUUGUACGCCUGCGUGGAUCUCAGCUGAAGACAUUCGUUGUUCCUCAUUGUUGCAUAUCAUCUCUUGACGAGGAGGAUGGAAGUAUUUGGCAAUCGUUCGGAAAUGUAGACCAAGCAUUCUAUGAUGAGGUUUCGAAGAACCUUGGUAGGAGUUGGCGGCCAGUAGAAGACCACAAGCUUCACCCAGCAAUCAAGCAUAUGCAUGCAGAUGCUGAAACGGCGUAUCUCAACAUCUUACUGCGGGACCAAGCCUACUAAAGAAAGAAGAAAACGCUAGUCUAUCAACACAUGACUCCUGGGUUUGAAUGAUGUGAAGAUCAUAGAGGGCAAAUUUGUAGGACACCUUCCAUACACAAUGUCCGAAUUUUGAAAUGCCUAGGUGGUGCCUUGACCAUUAUGUUACAACUCCAGCAUUGGUCAAUGGUCAUUAUUAUGUGAAAAAUGAUGUGCAGUUUUUCAGCAGUUUCGUAAGCAAUUUCAGGUUUCGUUGAUUUUGUCGUUAACAGUUCAGGACUCGGGAAUCAUGGUGGUCAUAUCCCUUUGAAGUUUCCUGCACUUCCAAUCAUGCCAAGUUUUCCAGAUAAUAUUUCAUUGAGUAUAGUCAUGUACAGGGUUGUAGCCAAGACUAUGAUAAAUUCCUGAAGUAAAACAAUUGCUUGAGGUCACUGGUGUGACAGCCCAGUACAUGUUAAAGGUUUUUAUUAUUUUAAAAAAGGUAAUUUAUGAUACACAUAAUUACACUCUUCGAGCUCCGUCCUUGCCCAGAAUGAAAGGUGUUGGUGAUCUCCUAUUUUCCCUGUGCUGGGGUAACUAUCAUGAUUCCUUAGUUCUUUAGAGUGAAAUUUGAUGAAGAACUCUGAGGAAAAUGUAAGAUCCUGAAACAGUCAAUCUUUUAGUGCCUUGGGAGUAGCGGGCUAUUCAUUGUAGUUCUGGAAAAAUGUUGUUAUGUAGUUCAACUUAGAAUACCAAUUGUUUGAAAGAACCAUUUUGAAAGUCGGUACAAAUAGUUUGUGUUUUAAGAAUAUUCCUAUAUUAUAUUAUACACUUCGAUUCACUUGCAUCUGACUGUAACACACAAAAUGCCAGUUUGAAAUUUUGACAGAUCAUAUUUGAAACUCAGGUUGAAUAAAUAAAUAGUUAUCAAAUAUUAUUCUAUUUCCAAGUAAGAUGUCAUUCUUCUUGCAUAUCGUAUAUAUCUUUUACUUUCAUUUGAAGCAAUUUUUUCAAUUGUGAGAAAUAAGGAGCAAUUUGUGUCCCUUUGUCUUUUAUCAUAUAUUUGUUGCUCCAAACCAACCAUUUGAAUCAAGGGCACCUGAGUUAGGUGAGAAAAAAUGUGCCAAAUAGUUGAAUGAAUGGUUAUUUCAGAAUUUUUAUAUGUUUCAUGCGUAAUUGCAGUAGUUAUGUUAGAAUAAUUAGACUCAAAUCUUGUGCAAUAGAAAAUCUUUUUAAUUUGUGUUGUGUGAGUUAUCACUACAAAAUCACUAACAUGUUUUCGUUGAAUUAGUGAAUUUGGUGGCCUGUGUUUUCAUCUGAACUAACACGAUGCUAGUAAUAGUUCAACAUUUGGAGAAAAAAAAGCCAGCUGUGAUCCAUGCUUUUGUGUGAUUUUGACUGGAUCAGCCACCAGUUUGAAAUUUUUAUCAAGUCAAAUCUCCUAGACCUAGCUGAGAGUGAAAUUUGAUGCAGAAACUCUACUAGGUUUCAAUCAUCAUCACAUCAGUAGGUGGUAAUGAAACUUGACAACAAGGCGUCAUCUCCUUCUAAGACUUGUCUACUGGUGCUACUCUCUGAUAAAAUAUCUCAUUCUUAACAAUUUUAGAGAGCGAGCUGGUUAUUUUAUAUGUAUUAUAUUAAACAAAAUGCAUUAAUUUGAAUUGGGGCACCUUGCCAAUUCAUUAGAUAAUUGUGGAAAAUAACUUGGACGUUUAAAGUAAUUAUCUAUGAAGAUUUUUCUUCCACAAAAGUUGUCUCAAUGCAGUCUAGCCAUGAAUUAUUAAUUGAAUGAUAAGCCCAUUUGUUGAGUCAUCUGAGAGUUAGAACAAUUAUAUAAUUUUGUAAAUAUUACUACUCGCGGUUGUUAUUGUUGGCGACGGUUCUAAUAUCUUGAACCUUGAUUGUUGAAAGAAAUGCUCAGAGAAAUGAAUGUGACAAUAGAUCAUUCAGUAACGACUGUGAUUUGAAACUUCCUCAAUUCAGGAAGUGAAUAUUUUGUGUGUUUUACAUCUUGAUUUUAAGAUCUUGAUACGGAUUUUCAAAAUGGUUCUUUCUUUUUGCUACUCCUGUGGUUGGUAGUGCAGGAACCAAUGGCUUUGUACUCGGAAGUCUUAAAUGAGAAGCCAUUCAAAAUCAAAUAUAUAUGAGACAAAACAUUCUUAGUAAGAAAUAUAAAAAAACUACCAUCGUGAAAUGUGUUCAGAAUGGACAUAUGACGAGUGUACCAUCUUCUAAGUUACUAACUUAUUGUAGUUAAUUGCAGUUUUAUAUAGUCGUCGUUUUACUUGAGAGAGUUUAUUUUUAACAUUGGAGUAAAGAUUGCAAAAGUACACGACACAGAGUGAAUUUUUUAUCCGUCAAGUUUUAAAGUUGAGGGGCACGUACAUGGCGACGUGGUUGAAAGGAAAGGUUGUGGUGAUCAACACCGAGUGAUAGGUAAACAUCAGGGGUAUUUUAUAACUCCACAUUUAAUCAAAUGACCAAAUGUUGUAGUUUUUUUUGCAGUUAGGUUCUGCAUUUAUAAUAUUAUUAUAUGCUUCCAGAAAAACAACUUUGACAAGUUUCAUCAAGAAGCCGAAACAUCUUGAAAUCUUGCAUGGUAUGAUAUUGAACAGGUAUAAGUACUGUUGUAGAAAUGUGUGCUGUGAGUUCUGUUCAGAUUCGUGUAAACUAAGUUCAAACAGAGAAGGAAUGACUGCCACAGUUGUUAUGCAUUUUACCCAAGCCUAAGAAUCCUAGUGGACAAGUUUCCUCAAACAUUGUGCUCUCAGCCCCAAAGCCAAGUUGGGUUUAGGUUGAGUGCCAACAUUCCACUAUGUUUAAUUGCCUUGUAAAAUAAACCCUGUCCAUUUGAAAUCAUGGUGAAGUACAGUAUGAAAUCUUCUGGCAUUGACGUACAAGUUUACAACCCUAAUUCAUUUGUAUGAAAAUGUGAAGUAGAAAUUGUGAAGAAAUCCAACCACAACGAGUAAUAUGGAUAAUUUGUGACCAAAGUAUUUAUAUUUGGCAGCUUCAGUACAUUCCCAAGUCCUCAAUUACUUAUUAGGCGAGUUGAAACCUCUGAAUUUGAUAAAUAGUAAGUUUUUCAAACCAUCCAUUGCCAAGUCAUUUCCGCAGUAGUUGUCCUGUAACAUGGCUGAAUAAAAGACAUCACCAUAAUUUGGUAAGAGACAUCAUUGACCUUUAAUGUGAGGCCAUCUUGAAAUUCAAUUGCAUUUCAUAUAGUCUUGCAGGCACUGAGCAUAUUAAUUAGUUAAUCAAACAUUAGUUAGUUUGCAAAUCUUUACAGAACUCUGAUCACCCAAAUAAUGUAGCAUUCCGAAGUGUAAAUAAUUGUUAGACUGUACUGUUGAAGUGUUUUGUAAGAAACCAGCAUAGGAUUCAGUUGGCAGAGGACUAAUGGCCAAGAAAAUGUCAUCAACAACUGGAUUCUGUGAAAAGACUCAAACGUUUAAAAGAUGACAUUUAUUUUUACAUCAUCGUGUACAUAAAAUGAAAAUCGGUAAAGAAAAGCUGUUUACCAUUGUAUAUAAGAUCCCUGGUGGCGAAUACGGGUUUGUACUUUUCACAGGCCAUGAAAUCAAAGUGUCUUUCAGUCAAAACCAAAUACGGCUGCAGUGCGGUGGGUCAUGUUGGGACAUCAGAUCAGAAACAGACUUUCCAAUGUCUAGAUUAUUCAGACAUUCAGUGGAAGCCAGUGAUUGAUAUUGCUCAGGAGUUAAAAAUGCAAUAUGAAAUGCAACAACUGGAAUUCAAUUCAAUUGUAGAAAUAGCGGCGAGGCAGCUUUUUAUAUUUUUUUACUUGGAUAACAACGUCAACAUGGCUGGCGAUAUUAACAGAUCAUGAUGGCUGGAGGAUGACAGUUUUCUUGUAAUUUUUGUGGUGUGAGUGUUUACCUAAGUCAUAAGGAAUGAGUGUUUAAAUGUGUUAAGGAUGAGAUCGAUCGUGGACAUAGUUGUCAGUGUUGCUGCCAUGCUGAGAAAGUAAGAACCAUUCAAGAUGCUUAUACUAGCUUGUUGUACUCAGAAUCUGAUGCGUAUCAUAAUAAUUCUAGUCAUUUGGUGAGAAAAUGUGUGAACUCGAUCUGAUUCAUUUUGUCAAUAAUUUUGCAUUCACGCGAGCCUCUUUAGGAUGAGGCUGUGAAUUAUCAACAGAAAAUACUCUGUGCCUUUUGGAUCUAAUUUUUGGUGCUAAUAAUGAAGAUACGAACUAUGAUCCCUAGGACAAAACAUGGAGAGCAAUUCAAGAUUGUUUGGAAUGGAGCAAGUCUGAGAAGAAGUCUGGAAGACCUGAACCAGAGAAGACCUCAGCUUUCUUACUCUAUCUUGUCCGUAUAGAUAGUUUAGUGUUCUGCAAAUCAUGUGACUGAUGGAAGAAGUUUUUUAUCGAUGGACAAGUUAUAUUUUGUGACAUUGUAUGCCUGGCAUGUCUAGAACUUCCCAAGUGUUGUACUUAGAAAGGAGCGAUAAAACACAUUUAAAGAGCUGGUCUCUUAUUCUAUCCAAUGGAAAUCAACAGGCAUCAUUUUCACUGCUGGCCUCCGCAAUAAUCUUGUGGCGGACAAACAGGACCAUUCCGCUUUAUAUAUUUAUCUCUUACAUAAAAAAUAAAAAGCUUGUCUUACAUUUUUGCCAACUUUAAAUGUUAUUUUGAACACAACAGUUUUCUUUUGUCAAAGACAAUCAAGUGUUGAAUGAUUCUGUUCCAUUGUGUUGUUGUAUGUAAUUACUGUGCUUCGAAGAUGUCAACUGCCAUAGGUUUUUAGUUUGAAAAGGCAAAUAUUUAGAUAGUACCAUCAAGUGAUAUUUCCGGUGAAAAAGAUCCAGGCAGCAUUAUGUCCGUUUCCAACAUUGACCUUCCUUGACGCCGAACUGACUUUUCAUCCAUGUGUAAAUAUUCUUGCAGUUCUCAUCUGCUCCAAUUUGAUGCUGCAUGUUCCAAGUUCGCACACCAUCUGAUGUCCCAUCUUCGAGAAAGUGACUCUGCAGUAUUACCAUGUGUCUUUCAGAACUACGAAUUCAAUAAGAAAAUGAUCUGAUCUCGUGGAGAAAUUCGUGUCAAUGUUUAAUGUGCAUUUAUCAGCAACUUUAUUGGGAAUUCUCAACAAGGACUCCUGCAGUUUUCCUAUUUUGAAGGCAUUGACAUUUUUACACCAAAUUUUAUAAAAGACAGUAAAGAGACUCAUGGGGAACAAACCCUAAAUUUGAAUUAAUCUAAUGUCGGGUGCAUGGCUGUGAAAAAAGGAUGUUGGUAUCUGUUUGUCGAAUCUUUACGUGCAUGGCAAAUUUGGAAUCGUCUCGAAAGGUUUUGUACUUGUGCACCUCGGGAGAUUUGUAAAGAUAAGGAAUGAUGUCUUCAAACAAAUAGGAACCAUCGAAGGAUAGGUUGGCAUGCCAUAGAUCAACAAACUAGGGUCAAACGUAUUCUGUUCUCAACAGAAACAGCAAACAAUUCAAGUUUCAAUGAUUUUAAAACUUUUCUAUCUGAAAGACUAUUGUAUCCCAACAUGGCCCACAGAGUGUUCACAGAUGUUUAAUAUACCCACUGCAGCCCGAGUCUGUGAUAUCAAGACCAUUGAAAGACCGCCAACAUACACCAGGAUUUCUGAUCAAGAACCACUCAAAAUUAUUCAUCAUUUGGUGAAAUUAAAACUGCAUAGAUGUAAGUCGGUAUUCCACGAUUGUUGAAUUCUAACCUGGUGCUAGGUGCCCUGCCUUAGACCCCUUUAUAUUUGUUGCCAUUAAAACAGUGGAUGAAAAUCUGGGCCAUUUCAGUCACCAAGUUGUAAAACACAUGCACUGUUUUGCUAUCCGUGUAAUUUCUGACUUUGAAUUGUCGAUUUUCAGUUGCACAAGUAAAUUGAGGGGCCAGUUGGUCUAUCAUUAAUCAUUUGUUAGCUGUCCGAGCUGGAACUGCUUUCGUUCUCAGAAAGGUUCCUUGUAGAAGCUUUUUUAUCGCACAGCCAGCUCAAAUGGCCUGUAUAAAAUUGACAAUGCAUACAAAUAUAACGGGGCUUGAGGUAUGCCAAAGAAAUACGUUAUAACUUCAUGUGAUAUGUACAAGUUGUUGAUAGUGUUGAGUAGAGAUUGAUGCUGGUAGAGUGUACAUCAAGAACUCGUUUGAGAAAAAUUUUGGAAGACGAAUUUUUCUCGCAUGUGAUCCUGAUAGCAGAUUGCUCAUUUGCGGGGUGCUAAUCUCCAUGUGCAAUAACUAUCGACAAUGAGCAAAGUGAGAAAGUAACACACAGACUGCUUCUUUAGAUAAUAUAAAACAUCAUAUACGGUAUGCGUCAUAUGUCGGUUACAUUUAUGGUGAUCAGUUCAGUCGUUGUUUUUCAAUGUCAAUAUUUGGUUUACACUCCUGUGCAGUGGAUGAAAUAUUAUCAAGAUAUGGUAGGAAUAAAUCAAAAACGUAUGUAUUUGAUUUUUUCCUCAAUCUAGUCUACCAGUCUGAAUUAAUUUCUAAGGCUUUAUAUAGAGCAUCUUUAACAUCUGCUUAUUUCUUGUCCAUUGAUAGAUUUGUCAGAAUAUAUUCAGUAGACACUGGCCUGGUCACCAUCUAUAAAUCGCUUUGUAUUUAAUAGUCUAUAUUAAUUUAUUUUUAAUCCCAUAUCUUAUUAAAAAUUGAAACAUUGGUGGAGUAUAAAUUAUGACGUUGUCCAUGUAAUAGAUGGGCUAAUAUUGAUUUAAAGCUAGACCAUUAUUCCUUAUUUCUGUUUAUGCCUAGCUGCUAUUGGCGACAGAUGUAAAUCCAUUUUACGGGGGUCUAUGGAUAUAUUCUGUUUGAGGGGUUUAUACUAACUCCUACUUUAAGGUCGAAUUCUUUUAUCACCUGUUGUUUAACUUCCAAAAUACAUGUAAGAACUAGCAUGAGCUAUAAAUAUCUUGUAUUGGUGUUUUGAAACGAGGUUAGAAGUACUGUAUGUAUGCUCCCUAAAAAUGUUGAGAAGAUCAUUGAAUAUGUAUGAUGGGCAGAAAUGGCAAAACUUGUAGUUAUUACAUGUACUUUAGAUAAAAUAGAUAUGAUUAUUCCAUUAUAUUGAAGGUACCUCAACAUAGUAGGCUCACCGAUUCUGUUGACUUUCCUUUAGUGUGCACUGAGUGUUGCUGCAUGCUUUGCUCUUCACUUUUCUAAUAAAACGUUUUAAUAUGCAGGCAUUGUAUCUAAACAUGUGUAUAAUUGACUUGUAUACAUUCCAACUUUCUGACUUGUGGCUUGAAUUGAUUAAAUAAUCGUAUCAACAUGUGCUUUUAUCAUCAGCUAUGGCAUCGUACGUCGUCUUUUGAACUGGCUACAGAUUUUGCCAUGUCUGCCAUUUCAGAGAUUUCUAUCCAAAUGUCAAGUUUUGAUUGAUUUGAAAUGGAAUCUGGUGCCAUACGUUUAUUAAAGGGGACUAUAGUUAGAUAAUGUCCAAGGUUGGACAGCUUCAUAAUCAUCUGCCUCUUGAUCUCACUCCCGCGCCUAUGGAAACGCACAGACAAGAAAGGCGUUCUGGUGAGUGGAGCCCUUGGUUGUUCAAGAUACUGCAGGGAAUUCCAUGGUUGACCAUCAGUUGCAAUGGUAGUUCCCUAGCACAAAAAAAUCUUAAGAAGCCACUCGUAUACAGGGUCUGGAUAAAAAUAUUUAUAUUUGAAUUCUUAAUUUCUAGCCCAAAUUUCAUUGAAGAAUAGUCGUUUGGGCCCAUUUCACUUAUACUUCUUUUCAGCUUGGAUCAGAGGUCCUUUAUUUUUCGUGUAUUUGUAGUUGGUAAUCAUAUGUAGUGCAUAGUGUUUGGGGUUAUUAUAUUCCUAGUGGUAAUUAUUAGUAAAUAAGGCUUUGGUGAAUCAACGCAAAGACAACACCGGGAUUUCGUGUGGGUCCGAUUUUACAAAUCCCCAACAACAAAACAUCCCAGAAUAGGUAUUCUGAAUCCGGACAAGAAGCUUGAAUAACUCAAUGAGUAACAUGUCAUUAUGAUUUUAAACGAUACAGUUGUGUGCAAUUUGAAAACCCUAUGAAUCGUUUUUACCGUCCAAGCAGCCAAAUUGAGGAGAUUCAUCAUGGUGUCCUUGGUUGUCUUUGCCUUGACAAUGUAGUAGCGUUGUAUAAAUAUUGUACGGUAACUAUUAAUUUUCGUCAUAUACUUAAGGUUAACACUGGCUUGGAUCAUCUGUACAGACAAAAAUUUAAAUAGUACUUCUUUGAAUACUAAUUUUCCUAUUCUUAGUGUUGAUAUAUCUUUAUAGUGAUAUCACUCGCUUGAAGGUUGAAUCUGUUGGCUGAAAAACACCAUUAUACACUGGGUAUUCAAUGGCAUUGGGAUACAUUUGCACCUCAUUGCUGUUUUCUGGGUCUUCAAAUAUUUUAGCAUCAGAGACCCUAAAAUUGAAUAGUUACCGAUAUCAGACGUAUUGAUGUCAUACAUUUUUCAAAACAUUCCAUUAGAGCAUUCUGUUGUGACAAUCACACUCUCGUCAUUGCCCUCAAAUGGCAUGGCAUCACUGGCAUCACUAUAAUUGAUCAAAAAGAAAUAAACUGACUAUUGAAACAGAGCGAGUUCUAAUGUUUAACCCCCCGCCAUGUUCUCUUGCUUUGCUGCCCAUGUCCACCAUACUCUUGAUUUCUAACUAAUUGUCACAGCAUAUCCUAUUGUAUCCUAAUGUACAUGAUCCUAGCCCAUGUGUGUACCUAAAACUACAGCCCUGAAUAUUUUCGCCAUUUCAUGGUGAACAUCACUGAAAAUAGGCUUGUAUUUUGAUGCAAGUGUGCUUGAAUUAUUCAAUAUACAUUUUUCGGAUGGAGCCUGUACUUGCAAAAUGUUAUGAGAAAAUAUUCAGGGGUGCAAAUCUUCAUCUGGGUGCAUAGUGUGGUUUGUUAUCAUGUUUGAGAAGUCUCUAUUUCUCCUUUCUUAAUUUCGAGAUUGCAUCUUCAUUCUACUGAAAUAUUGUGAUAAAACAUAGUUGUAUAAUCAUCGGCUUUGUCCUGAAAUAAUCUGCUGUGGUGUUCGAUAAGUUUGUAUCGGAUUCAUUUCAUCUUUUAACGAGUUUCAAACAUACAUGAAAGACUACAAAAUACCCAUUUUGGUAAACACUGAAACAUAACAGAAAUUAUUCUUCGCUUCACUGGUUCUGCUGCAGCGGGAAGCUCCACUGGAAACUCGCGCCUGCAAAAACGUGCCGUUUCCAGUGUUCUGCUCAGAAUAAAUGAAGCUUUAGUGCAGUGUCGUGUUGUAUAAUCAUCACUGCCUUGCGCCUUCUCGAUUUUGCACUAAUCCUUGUUUGUGAAAGGCAUUCUUAUAGAGUCCGAAAAUAGGAACGAUCAUUAUAUUCCACUGUUUAUUGAGAGAUGUGUUUUGAGUGAAAAACUGUUCCCCUAUUCUAUCAUUGUUAAGAAUGUUCCUCCAGUAAAACUGUGAUUUUCAUAAAUGAUCAUGCUGUUGUUAGUCAAAAUAAUGGAAGUUGAAAGUAGAAGGUUUUGAUGGUUGUUCGAUCAAAUUCAGGUACUUACUUGUAGGAUUUCAUGACGAUACUGUUUUAAUAAUCAGUAGUGUAGAAAGAAAUCAACAUUUCUGUUUAUUAGGGACAUCUUUUUAGGAUCUGAAGACUAAUUUGAUGUGGGCUCAGCUGAUGCUAUGUGCAGUCCAUGAGAUGUAGGAUAGAUAUUGGAAACACAUUGACAAUUUUGUCCAUAUUUCGAUCCGCCUUUAUUUCUGGUUUAGAGGAUUGUAUAAAAUUCUUCACUAAAUUAGUGACAAUCUUACAUAUCUUUUCCAACUUGUUUAUAUUUCAAUUUACCUCUUUCCUAUCUCAUGCCUCUAGUGGUGGAGCUCUAUUUUGGGGCAUCAAACAAGCCGACUUACAGGGUCAGCCGCCAACAACUCGGACAUUGCCUCAAAAUCAACAAAGCUUUUAUGUCACCAUUUGGCAAAGUUCGUUCUUUCCACUGCAAGGCGCUCAUCCGAAAGAGGCAAAGUGCUUUAAAUUUGGAUUUUUUGAAGUGUUUAAAAAUCUAUUUGGGCCAUCUCUGCUAUCAUUGUGUUCUUUUAGUUUGUGCGUGUAAGGUAGUUUAGUUUGGAUUGAAAAGAAAACGAUUUAUUCAUGAAGACAUGAGGAAAGUAAACGGUGAAUACUUCCAUUGACAUUUGAAUAUCAAAUAACAAUAACUUGCGGUGUAAUCCAAGUGACAUAUCUGUGAUAAAAUCUUUAAUUGGAAGUGAAACAUAUUGCGCAAUAAUGUUUAGUUGUGUCGUGUAAAAAAGGUUGAGUUUGUGUACGAUCUAGUCAACAAAUGAAAAUCCGACCUGGAAAGCAAACAGUAUGGAUAUUUUAACCAAUGCAUCAAUUCCCAUUUAGCCAAAUCUGUGUUUGAAAACUGUACAAACAAUUUUAAAGGGGCUUCUAGACGAUACUUAAGAUUUGGUCUGUAUUUAGGCAUUGCAAGGAAAACAACUGGUGCCAGGACGCCUGUGCCUCUGAAACCUGAAUGAAACUUUACAUCAACAACCAUAAUGUAUAAAGGGUACAACUUUCUAUGGAAGUUCACCACAACUAAUUCAAUCACUGUUAUGAUAAUGAUUGCCAUGAGAAUGCCACCUCAGGAAAUUUUUUUACCAACUGUUAAAGUCCUCAUUGUUGAGAAUGAAGUGUGCUUGCUUGAAUGCUGUUAUUGUUGCACUAGUGUUUGUAUGUGCAGAAGCCUUUCACAAACAUCUUUCUCACUCGUGUCAAAAUCAUGCACUUUACUGUAACUCUUCUUGAUUUUAUCAUCUCUACGGUGUUUCAUUGUGCUGUUGACAGUAAAUAAAUAUUGAUUCUGAGUU